AGAGAGGUAAGGGGGCGGGGCGUGGUGGAGCGGUGAGGACUGAGGAGCGGUCGACCACCACCACCACCACCUCCACCACCACCACCACCGAAGCAUCAGCUGGUUCAGUCAGCGGCGGCGUGUCGAGGAGGAGAGAGUGUCGCCGCUCUCUAUCAGUGUUCAUCAGUAACCCGUCUCUUUCUCGUGCCCUUAUGGUGUCGCCCCGUGUCCCUCCCGCCCCUCGUGCCCUCCGCCAUGUCCCUAGGGGUAGUAUAAGUCCCUGGUGUCCCUGGAACUGAGAGCAAGGGUGAUGCAGGAUACUUAGAGUGACAAUACGUGAAGGAUGGUGGUGAGGUGCCCUGCGAUACAUCCUUACCUGUCCACGCAGCGAAUCAUGAGUCCCCAUGCCCCAGGGCGUGCAGUAUGGGCAAUCGUGGGCGUUCUGGCAUGGUGGGCGGCGUGGGCGGUGGCCGAUUUACCCCCACACCUGUCAGCGCUCGCACCUCAAAGCAGGGCGAUAGAAACACACUCUUAUUACUCGUACAACAAGUUCGCGCACAAGGAGUGUCGCGCCAACGGAAGACAGGGAGUGUGCAUGUUUGUGUGGGAGUGCAUCAAGUCAGACGGGAAGCACGCGGGAAUGUGCAUGGACGGCUUCAUGUUCGGGUCGUGUUGCAUUCACAAGGACAAACACAACGACCUCGCCAAGCCAGAACAGAUCGCCCCAGGGAUUCUAACCAAGAACGACUCCCUGCUGCUGCCACACGACCCCUCCACGACCACCACGACCACUUCCCCACUACAAGGCGCUGAUUCCGUCUAUACGUCACCCUCCUUCAUUACGUCACGACCAAUUGCGGUACGACCACCCACCACACCUUGGACGAGGGUGCCACCACGACCUACGACCUCUGUCACGCCCACCAGGCCCCUCCUCCGCCCCGUGACCCCGCCCAGCCCGCCCACACGACCCACUCGCCCACCCAAACCCACCAAAUCACCAACCUCCCUCUUCCAGACCAACACGACCCUCAACAAUCCCAUGGUGGGCGACGACUACCCGGAGAACACCCACCACCUCCAGUACCACCACGACCCGCCCCCCCACCACCACCAACCCCCCUCCACCCGCACCAAGCCCACCACCACCAGUACCACCACUACGACCACUACGACGACUACUACUACUACUACUACUACUACUACGACUACGCCUUCCACGACCACCACUCAGCCCACGAGUGCUGUCAGUGCUACGACCCAUCGAGGAGGUCCGGUAGUAAGCAACGCCCACACCAAGCACCAGUGCGGCGUGCCCUCCAUGAUACCCCAGCCGGAGGGACGCAUCGUGAACGGAACCAAUGCUAAGUUUGGGGAGUGGCCGUGGCAGGUGUCAGUGAGGCGCACCAGCUUCUUCGGCCUGUCCUCCACCCAUCGCUGUGGCGGCGCGCUGCUCAAUGAACUCUGGAUAGCCACCGCGGGCCAUUGCGUGGACGACCUCCUCACCUCGCAAAUCCGCAUCCGAGUGGGCGAAUACGACUUCUCCUCGGUAUCGGAGCCGUAUCCGUACGUAGAGAGGGGCGUGCGUCGCAAGGCCGUGCACCCCAAAUACAACUUCUUCACCUACGAACAUGACUUGGCUCUCGUGCAGAUGGAGGAGCCGCUGAAGUUCCUCCCUCACAUCUCCCCGAUUUGUCUGCCGGGGAAUGACGACUUGCUGAUAGGAGAGACGGCCACGGUGACUGGCUGGGGGCGCCUCUCAGAGCACGGCCGCCUACCCUCCGUCCUGCAGAAGGGUUCGGUUCCCAUCGUGAGCAACAGCAAGUGCAAGGACAUGUUUCUGAAGGGCGGCCGAAGGGAACACAUACCUGAAAUAUUCCUUUGUGCUGGCUACGAGAAGGGCGGUGUGGAUUCCUGCCAGGGUGACUCGGGUGGACCGCUGCAGGUGAGAGGUGCAGACGGGAGGUACUUCCUGGCAGGCAUCAUUUCCUGGGGCAUCGGGUGUGCUGAGGCCAACCUGCCAGGCGUGUGUACCAGGAUCUCAAUGUUUGUGCCUUGGAUACUUGAGAACGUCACUUAGAACACACAGCGCCCUAAGACUGUGAAGUGUGGUGCCUUUUUUUAAAUCAGUCCACCCAGCAGGACACAGCCACACCCAAAGGACAUUCAGUGCCCUCCCAGUGGUUAUUUUUUAACAUUUUCCCCCGUGUGACUCCAGGAAACGACUUUUUUUUACGUCCGCUUGAAAGAUAUUUGGCAAAACUGUAAGGAAACUGCUAAGGAAAUGCAGUGAAGGGUUGUGAGAUUAAAUAGUGUGUACUGAUAGUGUUUCAAAUGGUGAGUGAGAAGAUAUGAUGUAGAUACUCUCAGGAAACCAAUAAUGCAUGACUUGAACCUCAGUGAAGUGAUAGGGAAAUCUUACAACACAAAGUCCCAGUGAGAAAAAAAAAGUGUGCUUGAACUCAAAAAAAAAGAGACACAAACUGAAAAAAAAAAAACAGAAAUUAGCAGGAAAAACAUUUAUACCUCACCCUGAAGAGUUUGUGUGUGUGUGUGUGUGUGUGCAUGUGUGUGUACCUCAGUGAAGUACAUAUGUUUGUGUGUCUGUGCUGGCCAUUUUGUGAUAGUGCCUCUGGGUGUGUGUCCCCAGAGGCAGUUCAGGCAAGCAUCACACAUCAGAG